GUAAUAAUUUUCUAAACUCAAGGAAAUAGGGCACAGUGAAUUGAGCCAAACUAUAUUGCAUAGCAGGGAGAGUUACUUUUGGAGGGAAGAAUAUGUAAAGGAUGUGGAAACCACUUUUGUUUCCCAAGCUCUGUGCCUAUGGCACUCUCACUUUCUAAACCAAGGUAUGAGGAAUAGGCCAAGGCAUUUGACAGCAGUGAGUCUAUGAUAGUCACAUAAGGGACUUCGAGAAGCCAGUGGAGUUCAUUCCUCAUUCCUGUGGACAGGGCAUUUAAAAAUAGUUCAGCUAUCUAUUUUUUAAAUGUUCAAAACAAAGAACCUUUGUAAUUUUCCACCAUGGUAAAUAGAAUUAUUCACAAUUUAUCAUUGGGAACCAUAAUAUAAUCUGAGAGUGUCUAAGUAUGGAAAUGUACCAACUGUAUUUGUUAACAUAAACUAAGGCAUUGGAUUACUGGUUAAACAAAAGGAAUUUUAGAAAAGAUUUGUAGUAAAUGUUAAAUGGCGGCAUAAACAUUCCCAAACAUACAUACCAUGUCUUCAAUGUUUUAUGUACUUUUGAAAAAUCAGGCACUUGAAAAUAACUAUGAAGUUAUAUUCCGAGAACCUGACACUCGCUGGAAAUUCAACGUUCAAGAGUUAGCAAGAAGAAACAUUCACGGAGUCCCAAGAGAGAAAAUACACCGAAUGAAAGAACGGUAUGAACAUGAUGUUACCUUUUACAGUGUGCUGCAUGCCGAAAAACCAAGCAGAGCGAACAGAAACCAGGACAGGAACAAUGCAUCUCCUUCCAACGGUGCAGGGUACUGGAACACCUACGCAGAGUUCCCACACCGGAGGGCUCAUGGCGGCUUCACUAAUGAGAGCUCCUUUAACAGAAGGGGUGGUUGUCACCAUGGGUAUUAGGUCUCUCUUACAGGCAUUCAAAAUUUUCCUAAAUCAGUUUUUACUUCAAUUUUUGGUAUUUAUUCUUCGUUCAGUUGUAGUCAGAGCUCUAAUUCCAGUGUAAAUAGUCAAACCUGAAAGUUUUUGAGCAGAAGUCAUUACAUUCCUCUUCAACAAGCAUUUGUUAAAGUGAUCCUAUAUGCAUGGUCUGAUACUGAGAAUUCUGCCGAUUUGAUUAAACAAAGUCCCUUUCUCUAGAGAAAGAAUUACUUUAAAACUGAAACCUGAGAACAUACUCAAGAACAUAAUCAGCCAUAUAGGCUCAUUAAUGAACUAAAGUGUUUAUAAUAUAAAGCUUCAGAACCACUUUCUCUGAAGCAAUCUAUUUUUUCAGGAAAUUCAUCUCCAUCAGGAAAGUUGGAAAGGUGAGGGAGAAGUAGGAGGCAGGAAAAAUUUUAGUGCCAUUGCUACUUUGAUCAUCCAUGUAUCCAAAAAUGUGAGAUGUGUGGCUAUAAUGAUGAUAUUGAUUUUCCUUUAAAAUGAAUAUGCCAGAAAGUACACACCUAAGGGAAUACUGUCCUUCAAAGCAGACACCUUGGGAAAUUAUUCCUUUAUUUUAGCAAUGUAUCAUUGUUAAAAGUGUCUGUUAAAAUUUUAAUAGCUAUACAAGCUACUUAGGAAAAUCAGUAUCAUUAUUUAAAGUCAUAUCUUGUGUUUUAACUACCACUUUAUUGAACAGGGUUAAACCUGAAUAACUUUUGGCUGUUGAGCUAAUAGUGUAAAUAAAACAAGCCUGCCUUUAUAAAACACUAAUUUUUAAGAGGAAUAAUUCAGCAGUUUUUAAAAUUAUGCCUAUAAACAUGUCUAAUCAGUUGGCAGCUCCAAAGUUUUGGGAGUACAAGGAAUGAAGCAUCCCAGGCUGUAGAUUAUAUGGACUUAUGGAAAAGUCAUGCUCGUCUUAAGAGGAGCAAUCUCAGUAUUUUAUGUGGUAUUAAGACGAAGUUCUACCACAACUCUUAUACUAAUAGUGAAUUUAUGAAUCCAAAUUAAAUCUUAAAAGGUUGGAAUCAGGGCUUCCCUGGUGGCGCAGUGGUUGAGAGUCCACCUGCCGAUGCAGGGAACAUGGGUUCGUGCCCCGGUCCAGGAAGAUCCCACAUACCGCGGAGAGGCUGGGCCCGUGAGCCAUGGCUGCUGAGCCUGUGCGUCCGGGGCCUGUGCUUCGCAACGGGAGAGGCCACAACAGUGAGAGGCCCGCGUACCGGAAAAAAAAAAAAAAAUUUGGAAUCAGAUUAAUUUGGUGUGAGACCACAGAUAAGACCAUGUAGGAUGUAUGCUUUAUUUCUUGUUCGCCAACAGCUUCUUUCUAAUGUUUUGUGAAGUAUUAUUUUAAGUGUUCUAUAUAAUGGUGCUUUUAUGGUUAUUAAAAAUUAUAUAUGGUAUUGCUUUAUAUGGAUUUGUCAUUGAAUCUAAUUUUUUUUGGUUUAAGAAUAUAAAAUUACAGAAAUUCCACAGAAUUCUACCAUAUUGAGAACCAAUUU